AUGGUUUUACUAUUUUACAGGGAGAGAAUGAAGAGACUAUGGUUACUAACUCUAAUCCAAAAAAUUAUGGAAGUUUGUAAUAUUUUGGGUUGGAAUGUUAGGGGCAUGAAUAAAAAGGAUAAACAAAGAGAUAUCCUUGAUGUUUGUAGAGAGAAUAAGGUAGGUUUUGGUGCUCUCUUUGAGACCAAAGUGAAGCAUCAAAAAGUAGUUGAUGAUGUUGUAAAUAAUUUUCCAAAUUGGGAAAUCUUUUCUAGUGAGAUAAUUUCGAGAAGAAUUCUUCUGUUGUGGCAAAGGAAGUUUGUUAGUGUGGACAUCUUGAUAGAGGACCCUCAACUUAUUCAUUGUAAAGUGAGAAUCCGUGGGUUGCAGAUUGCUUUUUUUGUUACUGCAGUGUAUGGGUUAAAUUCUAUAAAUGAAAGGAAGGACCUUUGGAGCAAGUUACAGAGUCUUGGACAGAAUGUGGAACCUUGGGUUAUUUUUGGAGAUUUCAAUGCAAUGUUCCGCUAUAAUGAUAGAACUGGAGGGAAUCCUGUGUCUGCUAAAGAUAUUGAAGAUGCUCAACAAUGGCUCUCGAAUGGUCAAGUUGAAGAAUUUAAAUGUGCAGGAUCCCACAACACCUGGUCCAAUAAACAUGAUGUUGGGGAUAGGAUUUACUCUAAGUUGGAUAGAGUGUUUACUAAUAAUAGUUGGUAUCAAUCUUUCCCCAAUACAGAUGCAAUCUUCAAAUGGGACAAUGUUUCUGAUCACAGUUUCUGCAUAAUCAAAAGCCAUGAAAUAGGUCAAGUUGGUUACAAACUAUUUCGGUUUUGUAAUCACUGGAUGCUAUGUAAUGGCUUUGCUGAAACAGUGAUGGGAGGAUGGCAGCAUGAAACUAAGAAGGAGGGUCUUGAUGCUGUGAACAUAAAGCUGCUAAGAGUUAAACAUGUUUUGCGUAGAUUCAGCAAGGAUUCAGUGGGAGAUGUUACUAGAGAUUUCAAGAGGACCAAAGAGGAUCUUUACCAAGCUAAAGAGGCGCUUGCUAAAAACCCUACAGAUAUUACUUUACAGCAGAAAGAGAAGCUCAGCCAGGUAACUUUUACUACAACUCAUGCUAAGUAUAUUAGCUAUCUGCGACAACAAAGUAAAAUAACUUGGGUGAGAUGCAAUGAUGAGAAUUCCAACUAUUUGUUGGGUUUAAUGCCCUAA